CGGCCCCAAACUCGACCUUUGCACCCCACUGCAACCCCAAGCCUGGACCCUGGCCCUGGCCCUGACCCUCGACCCCCACCCCGCCGGGCAGUGACCCCCGACCCCGGACUCUGACCCAACCCGGUCCGUCCCGACAUGACGGGGCUGGAGGAGGACCAGGAGUUCGACUUUGAUUUCCUCUUUGAGUUUAACCAAAGCGACGAGGGCGCCGCCGCGGCUGCCCCAGAGCACUGCGGUUAUGCACCCUCCAACCUCGGCCCCGGCCUGCCCCUGGCCACGGCGCACCCCUCGCUGCCGGCUCCGUGCCACGACCUGCAGACGGCGGCCCCCGACAUCUCGGCCGUGGUGGCGGCGAGCCACCCCUCGGCGUACGGGGCCGUGGUGGACAGCGGGCCCUCGGGCUACUUCCUGCCGUCCAGCCACGUGAGGCCCAACGGUGCCCCGGCCCUGGAGAGUCCGCGCAUCGAGAUUACGUCGUACCUAGGGCUGCACCCCGGCAGCGGCCAGCUGUUCCACGACGUGGAGGUGGAGGACGUCCUGCCCAGCUCCAAGCGGCCCCCGUCCACGGCCACCUUGAACCUGCCCAACUUGGAGGCCUACCGCGACCCGUCCUGCCUGAGCCCGGCCAGCAGCCUGUCGUCCCGCAGCUGCAACUCCGAGGCCUCGUCCUACGAGUCCAACUACUCGUACCCGUACGCCUCCCCGCAGACGUCCCCCUGGCAGUCGCCCUGCGUGUCCCCCAAGACCACGGACCCCGAGGACGGCUUUCCCCGCGGCCUGGGCGCCUGCAGCCUGCUCGGCUCCCCGAGACACUCGCCCUCCACCUCGCCCCGCACGAGCGUCACCGAGGAGAGCUGGCUGGGGCCACGCGGCUCCCGGCCCUCGUCCCCCUGCAACAAGAGGAAGUACGGCCUCAACGGCCGGCAGCUGUCCUGCUCCCCACACCACUCGCCCACCCCGUCCCCGCACAGCUCGCCGCGGGUCAGCGUCACCGACGACACAUGGCUGGGCAACACCACGCAGUACACCAGCUCGGCCAUCGUGGCCGCCAUCAACGCCCUGAGCACCGACGGCAGCCUGGACUUGGGUGACGGGGUCCCCAUCAAGGCCCGCAAGACCGCCCUGGACCACUCGCCCUCGGUGGCGCUCAAGGUGGAGCCAGCCGGAGAGGACCUGGGGACCACGCCGCCCGCGUCCGACGUCCCGCCCGAGGAGUUCGCUGCCUUCCAGCACGUGCGGAAGGGCGCCUUCUGCGACCAGUACCUGGCGGUGCCGCAGCACCCGUACCAGUGGGCCCGGCCCAGGUCGCCCGCACCCUAUGCCAGCCCGACCCUGCCCGCUCUGGACUGGCAGCUGCCGUCGCACUCGGGACCCUACGAGCUGAGGAUCGAGGUGCAGCCGAAGUCGCACCACCGAGCCCACUACGAGACGGAGGGCAGCCGGGGGGCCGUGAAGGCGUCAGCCGGAGGACACCCCAGCGUGCAGCUCCACGGCUACGUGGAGAACGAGCCGCUGACGCUGCAGCUGUUCAUCGGGACGGCGGACGACCGCCUGCUGAGGCCACACGCCUUCUACCAGGUGCACCGCAUCACGGGGAAGACCGUGUCCACCACCAGCCACGAGGCCAUCCUCUCCAACACCAAGGUCCUGGAAAUCCCGCUUCUGCCGGAAAACAACAUGCGUGCCAUCAUCGACUGUGCCGGGGUCCUCAAGCUGCGGAACUCCGACAUCGAGCUGCGCAAGGGCGAGACCGACAUCGGCCGGAAAAACACCCGCGUGCGGCUCGUCUUCCGCGUCCACAUCCCGCAGCCUGACGGCCGCACGCUGUCGCUGCAGGUCGCCUCGAACCCCAUCGAGUGCUCCCAGCGGUCGGCACAGGAGCUGCCCCUCGUGGAGAAGCAGAGCACAGCCAGCUGCCCUGUUGUCGGCGGGAGGAGGAUGGUCCUGUCCGGCCACAACUUCCUGCAGGACUCCAAGGUCAUUUUCGUGGAGAAGGCGCCAGAUGGCCACCACAUCUGGGAAAUGGAGGCGAAGACCGACCGAGACCUGUGCAAGCCGAAUUCACUCGUGGUCGAGAUACCGCCAUUCCGCAAUCAGAGGAUAACCAGCCCCGUCCAAGUCAAUUUCUACGUCUGCAAUGGGAAGAGGAAGAGAAGCCAGUACCAGCACUUCACCUACCUUCCUGCCAACGUUCCAAUCAUCAAGACAGAACCCACAGAUGACUACGAGCCGGCCCUGACCUGUGGACCAGCAAGCCAGGGCCUAAGCCCACUCCCGAAGCCGUGCUACAGCCAGCAGCUCGCCAUGCCGCCCGGCCCGGGAGCCUGCCUCGUGGCCGGCUUCCCGCCCUGUCCACAGAGGAGCACCAUGAUGUCGCCGCCGCCCAGCGCCAGCCCGAAGCUCCACGACCUCUCUUCUGCCCCCUACAGCAAGGGCAUGGCCAACCCGGGCCACGACCCCCUCAGACUUCAGCGGCCAGCCGGAGGGGCCCUCUUGGGGCAGGAGGCGCCGAGACCCAUGGGCGUGCACCCAGGCUCCCCCCAGCAGCCACAGGUGAGUCCACAGCUGAGCAGCAGCUGUUCCCCGGGUCACCAGCCAGCGCUCUGUGCCAACAGCCCCUCCUCUCCACUGCUGCCCGGUGCCCAAGAGCCGACCUGUUUGCAGUCCUGCAGCCCAGCCCGCCCAUCCGGGAUGGGCCACCUGCAGCACCAGCUGCCGAAGGUUCUGGAAAAAGCGUCUGCAGCCACCCGGCCUCUGCCGCUGCCCGAGGUGCGUGAGGACAGUAAUCAUAGUCUGGCCCCCACUCCCGUAUCGGUCAAGCGAGAGCCUCAAGACUUGGACCAGCUGUACCUGGACGACGUAAAUGAAAUAAUACGAAACGACCUCUCCAGCACCAACGUCCACUCGUAGCUGGCGGCGGCGGAACUCACGCAGACGCUGCACGGUGGCGACUCGACGGGUGACAGCGGAGGUUCGGCAUUCAGACUUCUGACUAAAAACUGAGCACACGCCUGGUAGCGCUCAGAACUUCCAGCUGACCGAAGCCACACCACCGUGCAAAGUCGCGCUUUGACAAGAAGGAAGGAAAGGAGGAAGGACCAGUCCAUCUGCUCAAGGAAAGGUCAUCUCAAGAAGAACAUAAGCGGAUGGGGUGGGGUGAGUGCAGCAGACAGACCUUGCGACAGCACCCGAUGGGAAUGACCCCAUGUGGCGGCCUGGCCCCCCGCGCCCUCAGGCACCCCUGGAUUUCGGAAGUGCCUUAUUUAACCCAAAGACAGCAUCAGGGCAUCGUAGAAUUAAGCAUUUAAUUUGCUACCAGGAGAGUAUUUGUAGGAGCGAAGCUAUAAAAGCUUUUCAUCAUGCGGCUUCAUCCUUUGUGUAAAUUAAGAGAAUACCGGCGAGCUAGGCAUUGUGAGAAAAAUGAACACACGUUUCCUACUUUUUUCAACUUUUCCUGGGCUGUACUAUACAAUUUUGUUGCCUUAUUCAGCGCAUUUUAGAAAUCUUCCAAUGUGUCAUCUCAGCUCUUCCUGACCCCCUCUCCCCUGUUACUGAAACCAUGGGCUUGUUCGUCAUAGCAUGCUAGGAUUUCGAUCUUAAUCUGGCUUCAAACAUAGCACGAGUAGCCGAAUAGCACAGGACAAGGUCACGGGACAAGAAAAGCAGUCUGCCCAUGGCGGGACGGGCCCGCGUCUGCACGCGUGUGCGUAUAUGGGCCCGGAUUUAUGUGUAAAUAACAAGUAACAGGCGGUGACGUUCGCUCUUUGCCCAGCAAGGGCUUCCACGCCAGCAGGAACCAGUGUCCGUUCGGCGGGGCCGCCUCUAAGACUCCAAACCCGGCUCUUCAGCUCCUUCCCCCGGCGGGCCGUGCAGGCGAGCGAGCUCCGCAGACGCCAGGGAGGCUCGGAACACCCUGCGUUACCAGAUGGCGCAGCCGAAGGGCACCGUACAUAACUUUACAAAGGGAGUGUAAUAUAUUUGUUCAGCUAUAAGAUUAUGAUGUCACAGAAGCCUUAUAACUCUGCUUCAUCUAAGAAACCGAUUACCAAAAACGUUUUAAUAGGCAGCGACUGUGUAGGUUUCAGAUUAGUUACUGUUAACGGAUAGGUUAGUGAGAGCUUUACUACUGCAUUUGUACAAGUACAGCUUAUUACACAUUAUUACUAGCAAUGACCUAUUGUUUCAUGUAACCAAAAAAGCAUGGUUUAAUUAAAACAUGUUUAACCUGAUAAUUGUGCCUUAGGAAGUCAUGCCCCCUGAUGGAUCUUGCAUGAACUGCACCCGUGGGUGCUGGUUGCAAGUUAGAAGUCAUUAAUGGUAAAGUGAUGGUGGGGAAAGCUGUCCCACAGAAUUAUUUCAAAAAUGUUUUUCUGGAUGAUUACGUCUUACUUUUUUUAACUCACAGAAAGAAACAAGUCUGAAAGCCAUAUUCGUGACAUUUGCACUAACUGUGAAGAACUAAAGACGUAUAUGGCUACGUGAACAUAGGAGCCUGCUGCUCGCAGGCGUCGCUCCCGCCUGCGACCCCAGGACCUGCCCCACAUUUAGCAUCAUAGAGUUGCAUGAAACGUCCUUAGUCAAUGUCAUAUGGAAAAGAAGCGUUUGAUAUUUGUGUCUGCUAUCUUUGUAGUUAGGAAAUAGAGCCAAUAAAGCACCGUGUUUUGCUGGA